GCCCUCUUGUCUCGCGUGGUUCCUUUUUCGGUGCAUUCUGGGAGCAAGUAUGGAUGCCACUGAUCUGUUUCGCAGGCUGGGAUCUGGUGCAAAGUUUGAUCUAAAACGAUUUAACGUUGAUGCUGAAAAGUUUAAGUUGAUAAAAUGCAAGGAGAAUAACUUGCCAUCUGAUAGCUUGGAGAAUCUAGAUUUUUUUCGAAAAGAACCAAAACUCUCUGAGAAGCAUAUUUUACAAAAAGAAAAAAAUACUAUUCCUAAAGAAGAUGCCAAGAACAAAGAUUUGGGGAAGAGAGUGAAAAAAAGGAAACUACAAGAAAAUUGUGAAGAUGAAGACUCUUCAUUGGAAAAACGCAAAGCAGUUGCUGACACAUCUAUCUGCUGGAUGUCCUCUGUAGAGGCGAAAAUAAAUGGUGGGAAAGUGAAGAAUCAAAAACGGUCUGCUGAAAAACUGGAGCAACAGAGAAUUGAUAAGAUAAAUAAUUUUAGGAAUAAGCAUAAAAUCUAUGUGCAAGGAACAGAUAUUCCAGAGCCUGUUGCGACCUUUGAACAGCUUCAUGAAGAGUACAAAAUUAAUUCAAGGAUCAUUCAGAAUGUGAAAGAUGCUGGUUUCAAUGCUCCCACACCCAUCCAAAUGCAAGCCAUACCACUCAUGUUGCAUGGUCGAGAAAUACUGGCUUGUGCUCCCACUGGUUCUGGGAAGACGAUGGCAUUCUGCAUCCCAAUUUUAACGCAUCUUAAGAAUCCAAUGAAUAAAGGCUUCAGGGCACUGAUCAUAUCGCCUACAAGAGAACUUGCAAGUCAGACGCAUCGAGAACUAGUCAAGCUAUCAGAUGGCAUCGGCUUCAGGAUACACAUGAUUGAUAAAGCUGCUGUGGCUGCAAAAAAAUUUGGUCCAAAGUCCUCAAAAAAAUGUGAUAUUCUGGUCACAACUCCCCACAGACUGAUUUAUUUGCUAAAGCAAGAUCCUCCUGAGAUUGAUCUUUCAAGUGUCGAAUGGCUAAUUGUUGAUGAGUCAGAUAAGCUAUUUGAAGAUGGGAAGACAGGAUUCAGAGAUCAGCUGGCUUCCAUAUUUGUAGUAUGCACGUCCCACCUUGUUAAAAGAGCCAUGUUCAGUGCGACGUUUGCUCAUGAUGUGGAACAGUGGUGCAAGCUACACCUUGACAACGUGGUUUCGGUUUCUGUUGGUGCAAGAAACUCUGCUGCAGAUACAGUGGAACAGUCACUUUUGUUUGUUGGGUCUGAAACGGGCAAAUUAUUGGCUAUGAGAGAUCUCAUUAAAAAGGGUUUCAGUCCCCCAGUUUUGGUGUUCGUACAGUCUAUUGAUCGUGCUAAGGAGCUAUUUCAUGAACUAAUUUAUGAGGGAAUUAAUGUGGAUGUCAUUCACGCAGACAGGACACAGCAACAGAGAGAUAAUGUCAUAAGAAGUUUCAGAGAAGGGAAGAUUUGGGUACUCAUUUGUACAGCUCUUCUGGCUAGAGGCAUAGAUUUCAAAGGCGUAAACAUGGUUAUAAACUAUGAUUUUCCAACCAGUGCUGUAGAGUACAUACACAGAAUAGGGCGUACUGGCAGAGCAGGACACAAAGGUAAAGCAAUAAACUUCUUUACAGAGGAUGAUAAGCCAUUGCUACGAAGUGUAGCCAGUGUUAUACAGCAAGCAGGAUGCCCGGUGCCAGACUACAUAAAACACUUUAAAAAGUUGCAAAGCAAACAGAAAAAGCGGAUGGUCAAAAACCCUUUGAAAAGAGAGAGUAUUCGCACCACUCCAAAGUUCAUUUUGGAAAAAGCCAAAUGGAAACGGAAUAUUAUCCGGAAGAAGUUGAAAGAGGCUAAAAAUUCUGAUAAUCAAGAAAAAAGCAAAUCCUAACAAGCUCAAGAAAAUUAAAGCACAUCUAUUGUGGCCUAGGUGCACCUAGUGAGACUGGAUGAUCCUGUUGAAGACCAUUCCAUGGAGUGCAUGGGAAGAACAGUUCAGAAGAGCACAUUGCUUAAGGGGGGGGUUUACUGGCUCACAAUAAUACAUCAUGUCCUGCCUGGAUCAGUUGGACAAUUUAUGACUGUAGUUGUCUUUGCCGAGAUAAUAAACAUGCUGUUCUGUGAUUGUUUCAAGUUUAAAUACAAUGCAUUUAUACUACAUGUAUACAGUCAUCCGAUUUUAUAUUUUGCUAUUUCAAAAGGAAGGUUGUAAAACUAUUCCAAAUCGGGGCAGGAUAAUGAAUAUAUUUUAGGUGGGUUUUUUUUCAUUUGCUCUAGCUGUGUACAUUUUUAUAUACAUGUCAGACUUUGAAAAAAAAAACAUUUUAUUCAUACAUAAUUUAUGUGUAGUGAAACCAAUGUGUUGAGUUUUUGACUGCUUAAUUCUGAAUUAACCUCAAAGUGCUUUAAUCCUUUGUGGUCCAAUACACGUGUCCUAAGCAGGUUUGAUUUAAUUUUCACAAGAAACUUUUUUGUUAUACAACACAGUUAACUUAUAAAUACAAAGCAAUAAAUACUAUUCUAAAA